AUGAUUUCAUCACUAUUAUUAGUAGUAUUAGUAUUAUUAUCAUCGUCGUCAUUUUUGAUUUCCUCUGCGUUUGGAAGUCAAAAUCAACAAAUUAUACAAUACAAAAAAUUAUUAUUAUCACAUCAUAAUUAUAUAAGACAAACAAGAAAUCAAUGUGAUUAUAAAUGGAGUGUACCGGCUGAAAUAAAACUUAAUGAUUUAAUAUGGGAUGAUGGACUAGAAGUAACCGCUCAACAAUAUGCUGAACAAUGUGAAAAUUUACCAAGUCAUACACAUGAAAGAACUACAUGUCGAUGGAAGUCAGUUGGUCAAAAUACUGCACAUGUUUAUUCAGUGCCAGAUACUAUCAAUGUUUGGCGAAAUAGUCAUCGUUUUUAUAAUUUCCAAAAUGAUGAAUGUCAAUCCGGGCAUAAUUGUUAUGUAUAUAAACAAGUUGUAAACAUUAACACAACACAUAUUGGAUGUGGAAUUCACUUGUGCUAUGAUUAUGUGAAACAAAGAAAUAAAUAUAUGGUUGUAUGUAAUUAUGCUCCUGCUGGUUAUUAUGGAAAUCAAUCUAGCCAUUUGACUGGUUAA